GUCAAAGGAUAAGAUAACAAGAAAGGUAUACUGAGUGAAGUCAUGGUUCAUCAGUGUUCUAUUCUUCCAGUUAGGAAUGGCUUCUCCAGACACCCAGCUAACUAAACUCCUGGACCUGGUCCGGGCGGGCGACGCGGAGGCGCUGCGCUCGGGCCUCGCCUCCCUCGGCCCGCGCGCCACCAAGGACUUCUUCGCUAAGAAGCCUUUGCACGUUGCUGCCGAAGGAGGCCACGAGGAAGUAAUCAAGAUGCUAGUCUCUUUAGGAGCCGAUAUAAACGACAAAAAUAAUAAAGGGUAUACUCCGUUACACUUGGCGGCUCAGGAAGGGCACGAGGCGGCGGCAGAGAAGCUCAUCGACAAAGGCGCUGAUGUGAACGCGAAGGACACUCAAGGGUACACCCCGUUACACCUGGCAAUUCAGGAAGGGCGCACGGCGAUGGCAGAGGCGCUCAUUGCUAAAGGCGCUGACUUGACCGCAAAGAACGACGCUGGGCUCGCACCGUUACACUUGGCGGCUCUGGGAGGGCACGAGGCGACGGCAGAGAAGCUCCUCGACAAAGGCGCUGAUGUGAACGCGAAGGGCAUCGAAGGGGACACCCCGCUACACGUGGCUGCUCUUGCAGGUCAGGCGGCGAUGGCAGAGGCGCUCGUGGUCAGAGGCGCUGAGUUGAACGCAAAGGACGUUGCGGGGCAUACUCCACUGCACUUAGCUGCUGAAGAAGGCCAUGAAGUGGUGGUAGUGACGCUCAUUGCCAAGGGAGCUUGUGCCAACGCGAUAGACGACAUGGGCUGGACGCCGUUGCACUGGGCUGCCCAGAAUGGCCGGGGCUUGGCGGUCGAGGCCCUGCUAGGGACAGGAGCCGAGGGGGACGCCACAACGCUGGGCGGUCAGACAGCGAUGCACAUUGCAGCUUCCGAAGGCCAUCUCCACGUCCUGUACACGCUGGUGAAACUUGGCGUCGCUACGAACGUGAAGGACAGCCGAGGAAAGACUCCCAAGGAUAUACUGAAAGGAACUUCAACAACUGCAGAUUACGACAUGGAAAUCUUCAAAGGCAUCUCACUGAUAGAGAUAAUGGAGAAGUACCUCGCGACUGAAAAGGGGAAGGUCAGCCUGCAGAGAGACAAGAGAGCGCUUCAGAACGAACACAAAAAGGAGCUGAAGAGGACUGAAGAAGAUCAGAGAAGAAGAGAUGCUGACUCUCGGGGAAUGAAGAAGGAAAUCGCUGCUUUGAAAGAGAAGAUCAAGGCGAUGGAGGAGGAACACAGAACAGAACUGCAGAACGUCACAGAAAGGGAACAGGAAAAAGAAGCGGAGUUUGUGAAGAUGAAGAAUGAAAUAAUCAGUUUAAGGGAAACGAUUGCAAGUAGAGACGAGGAGAUCAAGUCAAUAGCCAGAUAUAUAGAUAGAUAGAGAGAGAGAGAGAGACAGACAGACAGAGCAGAGAGA